AUGAUUUUCAUGAAGUUCAUUCUCCCAGCAAAGGCUGGAUAUUGCAGCAGAUCGGACUUUCUGCAGCGACGGCUGGAAGGCUAUGAUACUUUGAGAGUUGAGGGCUUCGUUGAGCCAAGACAAGAGAUUGCAUGCUCAAACUGUGAGGUCCAAGACGGCGCAACCGCCCUGAACUUACAUGAGCUCCUGGCUCACGCUGUUGGAGCUGUACAAGUCGACGACAUGCAAGGUCUGGUCGAUCUGGAAGUUGCACUGACUGAUAGACUGGCAUUCCCAUGGAUCUCUCCUGAUCCCAUCCCGGAAAAGCGGAUCGCCUGGAUCAAAGGAUAUGAGACCUUUGACAGUGGCAGACGCAUUUGGGAAGCUGCCAGAUCGCUUGGUGUCAAAGUAGUCAUCCUUGACUAUGAAGGCAGCUGGGCUCAGAAAGAUGACGAGCGUUGGAAUCAUCUUCGAGAAGCAUUCAUCCCGAUUAGUAUCGAUGGUGAUGACGGACUCGUGGACCGCAUCGUAGCAGCAGUACGCGCCUACGACAAGCCCAUCGACAACGUGGUAACCUGCUACAAUCCUGGUCUGGUCCCGGCCGCGCAGGCCCGCAAGAUUCUGGGAUUCCAUACGACGCCGGAAGAAGCCUUCGAAAUCGCCGGAGACAAGUCCAAGACGCGAGCCUUGGAGCCAGAUGAUGGAGAGUCGUUCAAGCUUUGCAGCAUUGAAGAGCUGUAUGCUCGACUGGCGUCUACAUCGAGGCUGCCAAUAGCAUAUCCCGUCAUGGUCAAGCCGUGUAUGGGUUGGGGCAGCGAAUGCGUCUCAAAGGCACACAACCAGGAGCAACUGGUGCAAGCGGUCGAGCAAGUCAUGGACCGGAAAUUUCCUGGACCUCAGUUGUGUACCGAUGCACUGGUCGAGCCAUAUAUUGAUGGUCCCGAGAUAGAUGUGAAUUUCGUUCUCAUCAAUGGAGAGGCGGUCUUCUUCGAAAUGGCAGAUGAUUUUCCAAAGCCUGGCGACAAUACUGAAGAUGCAUCUUUUGUGGAAACUUCCAUGGUUCUCCCAACUGCGCUUCCUCCGACCGAGAUUCAGAUUGCCAAAGACGCAGUCCACCGGAGUCUUCUGAGACAGGGCUUCACCACCGGUGUUUUCCACUGCGAGGGUCGCAUUCGGUAUUCGUCCAGAGCAUACGAUACAUGUGGAGGUCUCGUCGAUCUGCGUACGAACUCCAGAAGCCAUGGCAACAAGGAACCUUCAUUCUACCUACACGAGAUCAAUGCUCGGCCGGGAGGAUAUUUCGUGAGCAGCGCUACACUUCUGACCUAUGGUGUGGACUACUAUGCAUGCCACAUCCUCGCGGGCCUGAACGACCUCGAGCGUUGUCGUGCAUUGAGCAUCCCCUUUUCCACGGGAGCACAGUGGUGGAUGGAAGUGAUCCUCAUCCCACAGGACCGAGCGGGCGUGAUGAAGACACCGGAUGCGGGCAAAGAAAUGUUGGAAAAUCAUGCUGAUCUGCGAAUGGCCGUCGUCGACUACAAGACUCACAAGAAAGCGGGAGAUCAGCUAUACGGUCCAGAGGCCGCACUUUUCACGUACUUGGCUUACUUCUCCGUGGUGAGCAAGAAGAGUAGAGAAGAAUGUUUGAGGCUGGCGGAAAAGGUGAGACGGAGUUUCAAGUACGAGAUCUUCUAG